CUAUUGCUUAUUUUCUUUACUGAUAUUUUAUACCACGAAUAUUUUCCUUAUUUUGCGUGGCGAGACAGAUAAUAGAUUAAAUACGUGAUAAGGAGGUCGAUUAAAAGUCACCGAGCAAGAAAAAGAGUAUAUGCAAGUUGAUAAUAAGCAGCUUCGAUAUAAAGGGCUACCGUGCCAAGUGGUUAGUAGUAUACUCGAGUAUAUCGUGACAAAUACUUCGAUUUUAUGACAGCACAAGUAUAAUUACUUUUUUCUACUUUAAAGGACUUUUAUCUAUGAUGGCUACUCUACGAUGGGGCAUCGCCAGCGCGGGGAAGAUUUCGCACGAUUUUGUGUCGGCGUUGCAUACUUUGCCGGCGAACGAGCACAAGUUAAUUGCUGUCGCAGCGCAACAAUUAUCACGCGCGCAAGAUUUUGCGAAUCUCCACAACAUCCCGAAGGCUUUCGAUGAUUACGAAAAAUUGGCUUUGGAUAAAGAUAUUGACAUUGUAUACAUCGGUACGAUCCAUCCUCAACAUUUUGAUAUCGGAAUGAUGAUGUUAAAGCAUGGCAAGCAUAUUCUAUGCGAGAAGCCGUUGACAAUGAAUUUGAAACAGACUACAGAAUUGAUCAAUUAUGCAAGAAGCAAGAAGCUGUUUUUGAUGGAAGCUGUGUGGAGCCGUUGUUUCCCUGUGUAUGAUGCCAUUAGAAAAGAACUCGCAUCCGGCAACAUCGGUGAUAUUCAUCAAGUGACGGCGUCCUUCGGUUUCGGACUAUCUAACGUAUAUCGUGUAGUUAAAAAGGAACUGGGUGGCGGCACGAUUCUGGACCUUGGCAUUUACUGUUUACAAUUUGUCUGCUUGGUCUACAAUAAUGAAAUGCCAGAAAGUAUAAAAGCCUCCGGAGUUUUAAAUGAGGAUGGCGUCGAUAUAUCCAUGUCAGCUACUUUGCUCUAUAAAGGGAAUCGCACCGCGACCAUCACGACACAGGGAUUUGUCAAUUUAACAAAUGAUGCGUCUAUUUGCGGUACCAAGGGUAUAAUAAAAGUGCCGAAUUUCUGGUGUCCGACAACGGUCGAACUACCGAGUGGUACAUUGAACUUUCCCCUGCCUCAAUUAAAUCAUAAAAUCAACUUUAUAAAUUCUGCUGGACUUUCUUAUGAAGCCGCCGAAGCUCGUGCGUGCAUCCUGAAAGGUUUGAUAGAAAGUCCGAAGAUAACGCAUGAUACAUCUUUAUUACUAGCGAGACUGGAGGAUGAAAUUCGCAAACAAUUGGGUGUUGUGUAUUCUCAAGAUGCUUGAAAAAUUUGUAUAUUUGUUAUAAAUGAAAGAUAUGUACGCAUAUGUAUAAUUUAAUAUAUACUUUACAAUUUUAUACUGUAAUAUACAAGGUAUAAUACAAAGGAACGUUGAUUGUAAUAUA